AUGGGUUAUAUACAAAAAUUAAUGUUACCACCUACACCAAGUGCAGCGGAUUUACUUCGUACAUAUAAAUUACCAGCUUUACGUCGAUUUGCACAAAAUUUUUUGUUAGAUCCUCGUGGAACAAGUAAAUUUGUCGCAUGUGCAGGCAAUAUUGAAAAUAAAUUUGUAAUUGAAGUUGGACCUGGACCAGGAGGUAUAACAAGACAAUUAUUUGAACAUGGAGCAGCACAAGUAGCAGCUAUUGAAAAAGAUAUUCGAUUAUUUCCUGCAUUACAAACAUUAGCUAAUGCUGUUGAUUCUCGUCUCCGACUUUAUCUAGGUGAUAUACUCGAUUUUGAUAUUGAAUCUGUUAUACCUGAUAGUAUUACAAGUCAACGUGGUUCAUGGGAAUCUAAUGAAUCUUCUUCAUUAUCACCAAUUCAUUUAGUUGGAAAUCUUCCAUUUAAUAUUGCUAUUCCACUUCUUAUACGUUGGUUACAACAAGUAUCAACUCAAUCCGGUCCAUUUUCAUAUGGUUAUCGAAUACCAAUAACAAUUUGUAUGCAAGAAGCUGUUGCUGGCCGAAUUGUAUCCGAUGCAUUAAUGGAUCAACGUGGUCGUUUAUCAAUUAUUUUUCAAAAUUGGUUUGAUUGUCGUAUUAAACAUAUAUUUUCUGGUCGAGCAUUUGUUCCAGCUGCAAAUGUAAAUGUUGCUGUUAUGCAAUUGAUUCCAUUAAAACGACCAUUAGUCGAUGUUAGUUAUGAUCUCUUAGACAAAGUGACUCGAACUGCAUUUCAUACACGAAAUAAAAAAAUGGGAAUGACUAUGACAUCUCUCUUUCAUCAAGAGACUUGUGAUGAAGAUACACGUGAAUUAUUACAUCGUGCUCAUUUAAAAUCAGAUACAAAGUGUUUAACAUUAACUGUUGAAGAAUUUGGUCAACUUGCACAAAUUUAUGGUGAUAUUAUUAGUCGACCUCGACCAAUACAUGAACAAAUUGAUAAAAAAAUCAAUGAAAAAGAACUGACAUUUGAAUUAGGUGAAACUUAUGUUCGAUCUAAAAAACUUGAAACAAAGAAAAAAUCAAAAAAAGAUUGGGAUGAUUAA